AUGUUGAAAAGCUGUAGUACUGAUAUCACGCAACCAAAUUUUAAUCCAUAUUAUUAUUUACUUGCUCAUAAAUCAACUGCGAAUUUCGAUGAAUUACGUAAAAAUCUCGAUCAUCUAAAAAGAACCCAAUCUGAUAAUAAAGGUGCAUCAACAACACUUGUUAAAAAUAAUAUAGCAUCAUUUAUGGAAGCUGUUGAUAUAAUGAAAGAUAUCCGACGUUUCUCAGCGGAUGAUCGAAAGAAAAAUUUCUAUGAACCUGUUAUUAAAUUAGUUGAAGACAUAUCUCAUAUUGCUCAUUCAAUGUAUGAUACUGAUUUAGCACGAAAAGAUUACUCUGAUACAAUACGUAAUGCAUUGAAUGUUAUACAAAGAUAUAAAUUUAUUUUUCAUUUACCACAAACUAUUGAACGAAGUGUUAAACGAGAAGAAUAUGAAAAAGUCAUUAAUGAUCUUGUUCGUGCACGUGCAGCAUUUGAAACAGUUGAUUCAACAGUCUUUCGAAAUAUCCAACGAGAAGUUGAACAACAAAUUCAAAAUCUACGUACAUUAUUUCGACAACGUCUUACAGAAUUUCCAUCAACAAUUGAUGAUCAAAAAUUAUUUAUUCGUUAUUUACAUUCACUUGAUCCAAAAGCUGAUCCUGCAUGGGAUUGUAUUAUUCAUCAGAAAGCAGCACUUAUCGAUGUACUUCGUUCAUGUGUAGUUGAUCCUAGACAACAACAACAGACACAUGAAAUAAAACUUCAUCAUGAUCAAGCAACUAAUGCCGUUGAUCAAGCAUGUGAUGUUCUUACAACAGCUUUUCCUGAUCUUUGGUACUUAAUACAAUUAUAUUUAAAAAAGAAACUUUAUCCAUUAUCUGAAAAAUCUGAUGAAAUUGAUAAAACUUAUACACAUAGAGCACCAGAAUUUUUGGCUUUAACAAAAGAAAUUAUUCAAACAUUUAUUAAUGUUGUUCGAUUGAAUUUAUUAAAUCGAUCGACAACAAAAAAAUCUGAUAUGACAUCAUCACAAGACGAUGAUCUAUAUACAAAUGCUGAUGAAACAUAUCAACGUGUUAAAACAUUACCACAUUGUGUACAAAACUGUCGUUUAUGUGUAUUACACCUUGUUUCACUUGAUAUUCAAUUGGAUUUUAAAAAAGAAUUACAACAACUCAUGUUUGAUUUACGUUUAGAAUGUUUUAAGGUUAUUAUGGAUCAUGCUUGCUUAGAAGUAUCUCGUUUAAAUACUCAAGAAACAUGGGAAUUAGAAUGUGAUGAACAUCUUGGUUCACAUACAAAACUACCAAAUUUAUUUCAUGAUAUGAUCGUAACAAAAGCAAAUAUUAUCUAUGAAAAUGUUCUUUCUGUUAAUGUAACCAAAGGAGAACGAAAAGU